AUAACACCCAACCAGGCAACCACAACGCAGAAUGUACCAAUGUGCAUUAAGAUAUGCUAUCGACGUCAACAAGCCGCUGCAGAAAAUCUUACGAAACUAUGCAAGUCAUAUAAUAAGCAUAAGCACUGAGCACUACUGUUCCCAUCGUUAAGACAGUACAAGUUCAAUGCAGCCGUACAAGAUUCUGGUUUUCCACAACGACAUACCACAAAGAUUUAUUUGUCCCAAAAAACAAGAAUAUUUAGUCAAACUAAUGACUGAAUUAAAUAUAACACUUAUUAAUUAUAGAAGUACUCAGUUAAAUAAAUGUAUCUUCACAUAAUUCAUCAUUAAUUGAUAAUUCUUUAUCAAUCGAAACCCUAUUUCGGGACAUGUUGAAUUUACCAAUCACAGUCCAUUGCGAUGCGCUCGUUAGAAGUGGCAAGAGUUAAUUUCAAGCGUGCAUUAAUAGUGACGAAACUAUCGCGAUAUGAAUACGAAAAAUAUCGCUACCCACAUUUAACCGAGACUGAGUUGGAAGCAGUACUGAAGAAACGAGGUUCUGAGUACGGAAAUUUACUUCGUCGCUACGAAAUUCAUAAAACAUUUGAAAAGCGUUUAGUGGAAAGUGUGGAAGCAUGCGGAAUUACGACCAAAGUGGUGAACCGAUUCGGAUACAAUGAAGAAAAUCUUAAAUGGGCAGAUGUUGUGGUGCCUGUUGGUGGUGAUGGUACUUUCAUACUAGCUGCAAGUAAAAUCCAAGGCAACUAUAAGCCUGUUAUUGGUUUCAAUUCAGAUCCAAGUCGUUCCGCCGGUUACCUAUGCCUACCAAAAAAAUAUUCUGCCGACGUCAAAGGAGCUUUGCAGAAGAUCAUUAAUGGAGAUUUCAGGUGGAUGUUUAGAAAUAGAAUACGAAUAACAUUGUUCGGGAAAAACAUUUUCGAUGCUCCACUUGAACUUAACGAAGAGCAAUUGCGAGAACCUGGUGACACUCCUCUGCCGAAGAGAACAACUGUAACAGCUGAUUCUAAGGUUUAUAGGAGGACACUGCCAACAUUGGCUCUUAAUGAAAUAUUUGUUGGUGAAAAACAAGCCACUCGUGUGUCAUACUUGGAACUGAAGCUAGCUGGCGAAUCAAGAACGAAACUGAAGUGUACCGGAAUCUGUGUCGCGACAGGCACCGGGUCCACCGCUUGGCACGCAAGUAUGAACCGUAUUUCUGAACAGUCUAUAAGUGAAUUGCUAUCAUUAUUGAAGCAGCCAGUUUCAGAGGAAACGCGAGCAGAAUUGUGUUCACGUUUUUCGGAACAGUUGAAGUUCGAUCCCGAAGAACGAAAAAUGUGUUAUACAGUGCGUGAGUGUAUAGACACGAAAACCUGGCCAGAAGGUAAACGAAUAAACCCACGCGGCUUUGUAUCGUGGCUCGCAAUACGCUCCCGUUGUUUCGACGGAGGCCUUGCACUUGACGGUAACGUCGUUUACAAUUUCGAUGAUGGAGCAGUGGCAAUUUUUCAGGUGCUCGAUGAAGAUGCCCUACAGACGGUAAUGUUGCGGGAAUGAUGGUUUUCCCUGCACAGUCAUUUUCGUAUGUAACAGAACUCCAGUUUCGUGAAGUAAUGGGGAAAUUUUAAGCUACUGUAAAUGUUCUCUAAAUAUGAAACCCCUGGCCGACAAUGGACUUAAGUUGUGCCUAUAUUGCAUAGAUGAUUUUUUUCCC